UGUGCUGUCCUCCUCAACACAGAUCAUCAAGCAAGAAUGGAAAAGAAGUCAAGGAGCUCUUCUAAGGAGCCCCGUGGGAGAAGCAGAGAGAAGGCAGCUGCAAGUGUGAAGAAGGAGAGGGCAGAACAUAACCAGAAAGCUGGCAAAGAGAGGCAGGAGUCCGGCAGGAGGAAAAGAAAGAAGGAGACCAAAAGCAGCCCUGAGGCAGACAAUCAAGUCCACACUUCAACGGUGGUGGACGUGGAUGAUGUGAUAUCAUUUGAAGAGGAAACUGAGGUGAUGGCUCUUCUAGAAAGCGAGAAACUGGAGGACGGUUUAAAGUCUACAGGCCUGGGCUUCUGUGAGUGGCUUCUUGUUCUCCUGUCUCUCUUUGUCAUCCUAAUCACAUUUCCUAUUUCCAUCUGGUUUUGCAUGAAGAUUGUGAGGGAAUACGAGCGUGCCAUUUUGUUUCGCUUUGGACGCAUCCUUCGUGGAAGGCCCCGAGGGCCUGGUUUGUUCUUUUUCCUUCCCUGCCUGGAUACCUGCCACAAAAUAGAUCUUCGCCUCAAAACCUUAGAGAUUCCUUUCUAUGAGGUCAUAACCAAAGACAUGGCAAGUCUAGAAAUAGAUACUGUGUGCUACUACCGAAUGGAAAACGCUGCACUUCUCGUGACUACCCUUGCCAGCCUCUCAAGCGCAGUCCAACUACUGGUGCAGACUAUCGCCAAGCGUUCACUGGUGCAUCGAUCCCUCACAGAGAUCCUCAUGGAAAGAAAGAGCAUUGGCCAGGAAAUAAAGGUGGCUGUGGAUGCUGUUACCUGCCAGUGGGGGAUCAAGGUGGAACGGACAGAAAUAAAAGAUGUUCGAUUGCCAGCUGAGCUUCAGGAGUCUCUGGCUGUACAAGCAGAAGCCCAACGCCAGGCCAGAGUGAAGGUGAUAGCUGCUGAAGGAGAAAGGGCUGCUUCUGAAUCCCUGAAGCUGGCUGCUGAGAUAAUGUCCAGCGCACCGGCUGCCAUUCAGCUUCGUUACCUGCAGACCUUACAAGCCUUGUCUUCGGACAAACCACCCACCUUUGUUUUACCUUUGCCCUUUGACCUCAUGAACCUUUCAACUGGGGCCAGCCUGAAACCCACAACUGUUAACCUGUCUCCAGAUACAAUCAUCCACCCAGAAGCUCCAAAGAACCCAAAGGACUCCCCCAUGCUAUAGAAACGCAGCACUUUGAUUGCAAGCUAGUUUCUGGUGCGUAGGCACGUAGGUCUGCAAUCGAACAGCAAGAUCCGGGUCAAAAAGCACCUUAAAGACCAACUAGAUUUCCAAGGUAUGAGCUUUCAAGAGUCAAAGCUCCCUUUGCUAGAUACAAAGAGUAGAAAAAGGAAGGCUGAGGGUAUUGUAAAUUAGAGUGUUAGGAAGCUAGCUAUAAUACAUGUUGUAAUUAGCUUGAUAGAGCAUGGGUGAGAAAUGCAGAAAAUUAGCAUCUGUAAUGAGAGAAAAAUCCUAUGUCGCGAUUCAGUUCUGGGGGAUCCAUUGUUCCAAAUU